AUGUCAAUGUCAAAGUCAAACUUUAUUGUAAAUGUAAUUGGUUUUUUGUUUUUGUCGCAAUCUUCAUUGGUUUUGUAUUUUGGUUUUAAAUUCAAUUUUAAAAUGGAUCAGCCGUAUGAUGUGGCAUUUACGGAAAUGAUGAAAACGUUUCUACGUUGUGGUGAUAAUGCCCAAAACACAGUCAAACGUUACUGCGCGGAAUUCGGAGUGCGCGUUUCUGAAGAAACGUUAGCUACUCUUGUUCAAAAUUUCCUCGAAUUCGGUAUUUUUACUCGUCCCAAAUUGGAACCAGGAUGGAGCAGGCGUCUUUUCAGGUUUCGUCUCAAGACUCAUAUGCAAACGCACACAGGGGAACGCCCCUACACAUGCCCUCAUUGUAAUAAGAACUUCUCUCUUGCACAGAACUUAAAAGUGCAUUUGCGAGUGCAUACGGGAGAAAAACCACUACUUUGUCCUAUAUGUGGAGAUGCGUUUGCUCAGUCUGCUGGAUUAGCUGCACACAAGCGGAAACACUCUGGAAUAUUACCCUAUGUGUGCAAACUUUGUCCCCGUUCAUUCCGUACCAUUGGACACCUUCAGUACCAUACACGGCGACAUACAGGCGAAAAGAAUUUCGAGUGUGAUACGUGUGGCCGUGCAUUUAUUACGCGCAGUGAUUUAAAACGUCAUUUGCUGACACACACCGGGGCGCGCCCUCACGUGUGUAGUACCUGUGGACUACGACUCAGGCGCAAUGCCGAUCUAAAAAGGCACAUGCAACUGACACAUAACAAAAGCGUCUACACCUGUGCUCAUUGCCCAGCAGAUUUCUUGAAGAAAAGUGAACUAGAAAAGCAUGUCAAAACUCAUGCAGACUAA